AUGGAAUUUGAAUUUGUGGCUUGUGCGUCUGCGGUACAAGAAAUUGUUUGGUCAAAGAGAUUCUUUGAGCAUUUGAGUAUUGCAAAGGAUUCGAAGGUCAGGAAUGUUUAUGAUCAUUCGGCUUGGACAGAGUGUCAAGCAGAGCCAGUGGCACAACUUUACAAUGGAGGAAUAUUAAGAAAUAAAUUUCCUAUAUAUCAACCGGUCAAAGAUAUCAAUGGAGACAUGGUUGAUUCACCUACUUUAUCCUUGGAAAAUCUGUCUCAAGGAUCAAUUUAUUCCUUCUCUAGUUGGGUGAGAGUGAAAAAUGUAAUUUCUGCUUUAGUAACAGCUACAGUAAAGCCAGACAAUAAAUAUGCAAAAUGUAUAGGAAGUGUUAUAGCCAAGAAAGGAUGUUGGUCUUUUCUCAAAGGUGGUUUCCUUUGGGAUUCAACUUCCAAUUCUUCUGAGAUAGAUUUUCAGAGUUCAGAUCGGACUAAGAAGUUGGUGGAGAUAGAGAUUAUUAAUUAUUCCUUACAGCCAUUCACCGAGAGAGAAUGGAAAUUAAAUCAAUUUGAAGGGAUAAAAACGGAAAGGAAGCGUGGUGUUACAAUACAUGUUGUUGAUAAAAAUGGAUUAAGGGUGCCAGGAGCAGCAGUUAAAUUAAGCCAAAUCUCAACGGAUUUUCCAAUUGGAACUAUGAUAUCGAGAACCAUUCUGGGAAAUUUGCCUUAUCAGGAAUGGUUCCUCAAGCGAUUCAAAGCAACAGUUUUUGAAAAUGAGCUCAAGUGGUACAAGACAGAGCCACUACCUGGGCAAUUUAACUAUACUGUAGUGGAUCAGAUGAUGAAAUUCGUCCGAAAAAACAAACUUAUAGCCAGAGGACAUAACAUGUUUUGGGACGACCCUGUGUAUGUACAAGAUUGGUUGGAAAACAUGACGGCUCCUCAACUACAAAGAGCGAUGAAAUCUAGAAUUAAAAGUGUGAUGAGUAAAUAUAGAAAUGAGUUUUUUCACUGGGAUGUGAACAAUGAACUCCUCCACUUUGAUUUUUAUGAGAAAAAACUAGGACCUAAAGCUACUUUGGAUAUGUUCAAGAGUAUGCAGCGCGAAGAUCCACUAGCAACUCUGUUUCUCAACGAAUACAACAUUGUUGAACGUUGUGACUCGAAAGCCAAUGUGGACAGGUACAUUGAUACGUUCAAGGAACUCAAGAAGGGCGGAGUGAAAGUGGCUGGUAUUGGGCUAGAGAGUCAUUUUUCUGCACCAAACCCCGCUUUCAUGAGAGCUGUUCUUGAUAAAUUGGCAACCCUAAAGCUUCCUAUUUGGCUCACAGAAGUGGACGUUAGCAGUAUGUAUGGACAGGAAGAACAAGCUGUAUUCCUCGAGCAAAUUUUGCGAGAGGCAUUCUCACAUCCAAGUGUGAAUGGGAUCAUGCUUUGGACAGCUCGUAGCCCAGGAGGUUGCUACCAAACGUGCCUUACAGAUGAGAAAUUCCAAAACUUGCCAACAGGGGAUGUUAUUGACCAACUUUUAUUAAACGAAUGGACAACGGGGACUAAACGUGGCAAAACAAAUGAGUUUGGUUCCUACAAUUUUCGAGGUUUCUUAGGCGAAUUCAAGGUUUCAAUCCUUUACAAUCGCACAAUCGUUAAUUCUACCUUCUCACUAGGCCAUGGUGUCGAUACUAAGCACAUUACCAUUCAUGUUUAGCCCAAUCUAGUCAAA